AUGGGUGUAGAUAAGGUAGUUAUUAAAGCAGGUAAUGGAAUCAAGCCACCAAAAGGUGUCACUGUGACUGUUCACUACAUUGGUAAAUUGAAGGACGGUACCAUUUUCGAUAACUCUAUCAAGAAAGGUGUACCCUACACAUUCAAACUUGGUUUCGGUAAAGUAAUUAAGGGUUGGGAUCAAGGUGUUGCAGAAAUGUCAGUCGGUGAAAAGGCAGAACUUACUAUCACCCCAGAUCUUGGAUAUGGAGCUCGUGGUAUCCCAGGUGUCAUUCCAGGUAACUCUGUUUUGAUCUUCGAAGUUGAAUUAAUCACCUUUAAAUAA